CCUAACCAACCGUUCUAAGUUUUCUUAGCUAGGUAGCCUUUUAAAAUGCCCGAACUCAAAACGCUUCUUUUUCCAAGAUGGCGUCGAUGAAGGAUAGCGAUACCGGCCUGUGGCUCCAUAAUAAACUAGGAUCAACAGACGAACUUUGGGCGCCUUCUAGUAUUGCUUCACUCCUCACUGUUUCAGUUAUCGACAAUAUACGGUUGUGUUUUUCGAGUUUGUCGCCUCCAGUAAAGCUAAAAAUCUUGCUCGGGAUGCUGCAUCUUCCGAGGCGGACUGUUGAUGAGAUGAAGGAGGCCCUAUCAGAGAUUAUCCAGCUGGCCACGGUGGACUCUGAGCCCUGGGUACUGAUGGUGGCAGAUAUCCUUAAGUCCUUCCCAGAGACAGGCUCUCUCAACCUGGACCUGGAGGAGCAGAACCCUAACGUACAGGACAUCUUGGGCGAGCUCCGGGAGAAAGUGAGUGAGUGUGAGGCAUCGGCCAUGCUCCCUCUGGAGUGCCAGUACCUGAACAAAAGCGCCCUGACCACCCUGGUGGGCCCACUCACGCCCCCCGUCAAACACUUCCAGCUCAAGAGGAAGCCCAAGAGCGCCACCCUCAGGGCAGAGCUGCUGCAGAAAUCCACAGAGACGGCUCAACAGCUGAAGAAGACAGCGGGAGUGCCUUUCCAUGCAAAAGGAAGAGGCCUGGUCAAGAAGAUUGACACCACCACACCCCUCAAGGGGAUCCCCAAAGCCCCGUUCCGCAGCCCCACCACCCCCAGUAUGUUCAGCCCGCCGAGCAACCGCACACCCAUAGCCCCCGCACGGACGCCCCUGCGCAAGGAGAGGGGAGUCAAGUUGUUAGACAUCUCAGAGCUCGAUAUGGUGGGAGCUGGUAGAGAGGCAAAGAGGAGAAGAAAGACUUUGGAAACAGAGGCUGGGGAGAAAGCUGCCAAAGAGGAGGCUGUGGUGGAGAACGCUACACCAGACUAUGCUGCUGGACUGGUGUCUACACAGAAACUGGGUGCGUUGAACAACGAGAGCGCCCUGCCGUCUACGAGUUACUUGCCUGCUACUCCCAGUAUGGUCCCCUCCUCCUCCUACAUUCCCAGUUCAGAGACGCAGCCAGCGAAUGCGGGCGGUUCAGGGCGCGACGCCCUGCAGUCGGGUCGACAGCCUGAGGAGUCGGCCACGCCCAGCGCUGCCGCCACCACCCUCCCCGGCCAGUUCAAACAAAGGACGCCCAUGUACAAUGCCGGCAACACGGCCGCCAGCCCCACCGCCCCCGCCUCCCCCAGCACGCCAGCCAGCACCCCCGCCAGCAGCAACGGCCCCCCAGCUGCCGCCAUUGCCACGCAGCCUGAGACCCCAGCCACACAGCCCCCCGCUACCCCCAGCCCAGCACGCCAGCCCAAAAAGAACCUCUCGCUCACUAGAGAACAGAUGUAUGCUGCUCAGGAAAUGUUCAAGACCGCUAACAAGGUCACCAGACCAGAGAAAGCUCUCAUCCUGGGCUUCAUGGCCGGAUCCAGAGAGAACCCGUGUCCGGAGCAGGGCGACAUCAUCCAGAUCAAGCUAAGCGAGCACACCGAGAUCCUGCCCAAGGCGGACGGCACGGGCAGCACCACCAUGCUGGUGGACACGGUGUUUGAGAUGAACUACUCCACAGGACAGUGGACCCGCCUCAAGAAGUACAAACCAAUCACCAACACCUCCUGAGGUGGCUGCUGUCCUGCCUGCCGGGACUAAACACACACAUAUACACAUUUACCUACACACACAGGCCAUAUCCUACUCAGGUGGCCAGGGACUUGUCAUACUCACACACUUGUGCAAAUACACAUGGGCCAAAUCCAGCCUGUGAGAGGGGCUGGGGCGUGAGGGAACAGAUCCCUCUUUCUCAAAGUUCCUUCAUUGCCAAAAGGCAGGGACCCUCAAGACUCAUUUCCGUUGGUUCGUUUUUCUUUUCUGUUUUAGUUAUGUCCCCUCAGAUUCCUGAACAUUUGUGUGUUAGAAGAGUCCUUAUACCUUCUUUUCAUAAGAUACCUGUCAAGACCUGCUUUACCAUGAAAAGGUACAAGCAUGCCACAAAAUAUUACAACUGUCUUGUGUUUUUUCAUUGUGAGAAUGACGUUUACUGUAUUCUUCCUACUUCGUCUGAGAAAAUGUAAGAAACUAAAGAGCCCAACCCAUCAGUGAAAAUGUGACGGAGAGAGGGAUGAUGGGUUUCCUUUUUGCUGUGAAAUUCUGUUUUGAAAAGUUCUGGAGAAUGUCUCGUUUUUUUCCCCAUCCUUACCAAGAAGGGAAGAAAAAUAAAGCGAAAAAUGUUCCGA